AAAUCAAAACAGUUCACAUUCACUACUUGAAAACACAUUUUGUCCAGAAAAAUUUAAAUUUCAUCAAAUUUCAUUAAAAAAUGAAUAAUUAAAUCAAACUAGUUAUCAAUUUAUAUAAAUUUUAUCCAUUUUUAAGGAAUCUCUCGCCCUUGAAAAGUUUUGGGAAUGAGAGAGAGUGAAAAACUUGUGAAUUUAUAGUGCUCCGCUUUUUAAACGAAUAGUGAACGUUCAUCUUUUCCAUUUAAGAUGUCCAAGUAUAAGGCGUACGGAAAGUCUCGCGCCAGUUCGCGUGCUGGUCUCCAGUUCGAUAAGCUCAUUAAAGCAUGCAGCAACUCGAAGAAACCUCCCACCGCUGCGUCCCACGCGGCCGGCGCGAUAGGGCGCUUUGGUGUCGCACAGUUCACCUCGACACGGAUGUCAUGUCUGGAUUCGCAAGGCGAAGAUUAUGAACACACUACAGAAAAACCGUCCCGUUUCUCCUCCCUAAACAAGAGACCCCGCAUGGCCCCUGAACUUGCACCACCGCCCACAAUCCCACAUCUUGACCCGUUCAUCGCUGCACAUUAUCCACUCUCAUCCACAUCUUCCUCCGGAGGUGGACCCCCGCUCCUUUACCCCCAGCAACAACAGACGAUCCUAAAACCAAGAAAAUUUUUCAAAUCGCGAGGCCCCAUGGAGGUCGAAGUUGACCCUUCCAUCCCACCCAGACCAUACUAUCCGCGCUCCGACAUCUCCGCGCACCUCAACAAUUCAUCCCCUUAUCCCCCCAUUUUGUCCAGCAUCAGUCUGAACAAAGGAGGUGGUGGGGGCGACACGGCGCCUCUUUUACUCCCCCCGUCCGCCAGCUAUAAAAAAUCUCCUCCGAAAAAGAAUAAGAGAAAACAUUCGUCCCCGUCGCCAUCACCGCCGCCCCUGCAAAACUUUUCCUCGCCACCGAUCAAGCUAAAAAUUAUUAAGGACAAGGGAAAGUUCGUUUCGGUGUCGGAGGACAGUCCGACCAAGAAAAAGAAGGCGGGACGACCACCCCGUGUCGAUAAGAAGGUGAAGGAACCAAAGGUCAAGAUUGUUCCAAGUGGGGGAACGAAACCGGGGAGGGGACGACCCCCAAAGAAUCGAGAUGCUACUGCCGUAGCAAAACCGGUAGUUUACAAAGAACCGGAUUCACCAUCACCGCCACCACAACCGGUCAUCGUUAUUCCGAAUCCGAAACGUUCCUCGUCCCGAGUGACGAGAAGUUCGGCGAGGUAUGGAAGUGGUGGUGGUGGAGGGGAUGAGGGGACGGUAACAAAUCAAAACGAGGAACCACCACAGGAAUCACAACAAAGUUAUUCGCGUCGUCACGAAGAAGAACAAGAGGCAAGUUCAGCGGCACAUGGACAUCACCACGGCGAAGACACGUUAAAGAAACUCGAGGAAGAUGCCGAGUUUCAAAAAUUGUCACAAAUGCUGUCCUCCAUGGAGGACGAGGGACAAGAGCAGCAGCAGCAACCACCACCACAACAGCAAGAAACUUAUGCAAAUUCUUCUUCCUUCGGUGGCGGUGGGAAUACGACCUAUUUCGUCCCUCCACCCUUGACAACGCCACCUCCUUCUCAGCCAAGUAAGAAAUCUGACAUCCGCUCCAUUUUAGAGGACGAUUGGAACGAAUCAUAUGAAGAGGAGAGUCCCCGGAAAGCCAAUCUGGGUCAAAUCAGUCCCCCAAAAGUGUCACGAUUUGAUCCGAGUGCAUUCAUGCCGGAAGAAGAAGAAGGUCAAGUUCAACAUCAUCAUCAUCACCGUCACCCUCGACAUCGUCACCUCCACCAGCACCUUGAAGACCAAGAAGACAAUGGUGGGGGUCACAGUCUGGGUUACGACGUGUCGUCAUCCUCCUCCAUGGAAGCUCCAUUGCGACCAAUUCCACUCUACCCUCCGGCGGCCGGGAACGGAACAAAUUUUAAUAUAAAUUCGUCCCCUUACGCCAUGAAGAACUUAUUGAGUGGCGGAAACGAUUUUGCGGUGGACAUGUCGACAUCACAGAAAUCCGAAGAUGCAACAGCUUCUUCCGUGUCGUCAAAUUCUCAGCAGUACUUUGAUUCGCAGAGUAGUAGCCAAAAUUUCGACGAGUUGAUGAACUUAUCGCCUCAGAAGAAGGCAGCACCUGCUGCGCCAUCAUCAGUGGUUACGGCGGCAGUCGCUCCUCCGCCGCCCAAGAAAGCGUCGAUUUUCAAAAGUAGGGCGAAAACGGAUAAGCCUCCCACCAAGAAUGCUGUAUAUAAGCAUACCUUCGGCCAAGUGGAUAAGCCCGAGGGGAGUGAAGAGAGCAAAACUGCGGCGCAUAAUCCUCCCGGAACCACACUGUUUGAAGAUUUCUUUGACGACGGUGGCGACGACGCUUCUGGUGAAAGUAAUCUUACUCUGAGGAAAGUUCGUAUCUCGUCGUCCCAACCGACCGGAUCGCAGGGUGGGGAUGACGCCGACAGUGGAGAUGAAGAUGGAGACACGAAAGUUUUGUGUCGCAGAGGCGCCAAGAAGUUGUUCACGGUUGUGAGAAAUGUCAAAGCGGGACACGAGUUGCAAGAGAGUGGCGAAUUUCAUGAAUUUGAUGGCGAUGUGAUGUACAUUUUGGACGAUUUGAAGGAUAAGCAUCCAAUAAAUAAUCGCUGCUUAUCAGCCAUCACCCUCGCCGGGCGCUGUAUGGACCAAGCUUUCCGGAUGCACCUUCGCGCGCACGGGACGGUGACGGAAUUUUGUCGCGAGCUGCACGACUCUCCCUCGCAUCCUGUUCUUUCCCUUUUGGCCGCCACCGUGCUUUUCGUCCUCUCCCAAGAUCGCCUCAAUAUGGACUUGGACACCGAAAGUCUCAAACUUAUCCUCGCCCUGACCAAGUCCGACUUCGGGCCAGAUGGUGGUGACGACGGAGGAGAGAACGUGGAAAAUGCUAAAAAUCGUCAACGCGUUAUCCAACUUUGUUCCGAAAUGAAGGCGCGGGGACACGCGAAGCAUCUGAAUUUGGAGAAAAUUACGGCAUCGGAAUUAGCGCUCGAAACGUUGCUAUACUUGACUUCGAAACGUGCCGGUGAAUGGGUGAAGCACGAGCUGCGAACGCUUGGCGGCUUGGACUCGAUCGUAGGUGAGGUCGAGUCCUGUUUCAACUCGGUCGUGGAGGAGAUUUCGGCUGAAAAGUGGGAUGAAGUUGUCAACGAGCGGUUACGGAAGAUUGACCGCUGCUUAGAAGUCUUGGGCAGAGUGACGUUCAACCAUGAAGAUAAUCAGAGGUAUUUAAUGCAAGUUUCGACCCGCCACGUGGAGGGUGGUCUGCCCGUCAAAUGCACGCCCGCCUCGCCCACCGUAUUUUUAGAAAUGUUUCGCUUCUGUCGCGAAUUUUUGAUGCGGUCCGACCAAAGUAUGGCGAACAGCGAACAGGUCGUCAUGAUCAGGGAGAUUUUGUUCCUCUUGUUACGUCUCCUCGUAAAUUUGUCCCACGAUUACAGAGGGAUUGUUUUAGGGAGUGAAAUCAUGAUGGAAGUUCCCGGAUUUUUGGAACUCUGUCUCCAUUCCAUCUUCGAAAUGACGAAGCACUUUCCAGACGAGAAAGUUUUUGAUCUCCUGAUGCACUCACUGUGUCUCCUGCUCAACCUGGUAGAAACGAGUCGUAAAAAUCGGUCGAGAAUUUUACAAGCCACACUGGCCAUGAGUUCCAACUCGACGCCGUUUUCCAUCUCGACGACAUCCUGUCUGACAGACUCUGCGGAUUACGUCCCCCUGUUGGACGCCCUCAUCGAGAUGUUUCUGCAUCGCGAGAGAUCCGCCAAGACGGAGGAGCAGCACACCGACAACAUUCUGACGACGGGGGAGAAGGAGACGAAAAAGAGGACAGAGCCAAAGUCGCAAGGUGACUCCCAAGAGGAUAAAGACGGUGGGGGUGGUUCCGUUCAGGAUACGAUCGACCAGUUGAUCUCUACUGCAGGAAAGCACAUGGAGAACAGUUUGAUCGCCGCUUAUAUCUCGUUACUCAUCGGAUUCUUAGUUAUGGACGAUUUGCCAUACGUGGAGAAAGUACGAGACGCUAUGCCAAAUCGAGCCCUCCUCCCACUCAUGGUCGUGCUAAAGAAACUCUUCAACUUUAUGAGCAUUACUUCUUCGGCCUCGGGAAGCACUCGUGGACUAAAAGCCACCGCAAUAGCGUUGAAAUUUUACGCCAAAGUGGACACUGCAUCGGCCGAAGAACUCAAAAAGAUUAUUCCCGAAUAGGAAUAAUAAAGAGUCAAACAAGAAAUAAGAAAUAAUUUUGGAUCGAAAUUAAUAUAAGUACUUCGUUAUUUAGACAAAAAACGAUGACUUCAAUACAUAUGUAAAAGUUGCAUGUAAAUUUUUGGUAUUUGAGCUGUUAAAAAUUAGUUAAGUGUGUAAAAUGCAUGUACAAUUAUGCAAUUUGUUUGAAUUAGGUUAAUUUUUGUGAAACGUAUGCAAUUCUUGUGCAUGAAUGUAAAAACAAUGUGAAAUCACAUUUAAAAUUAGUGAGGGAUUAGCUAAUUAUAAAAUUAAGGUGUAUAACAUAAAUACGUCAAUUAUACGUUGGGAUACCUACAUUUUUGUAAAAUUGAUUUCUGAGGCGUAAAAUAGCAGCCCAAUUAAAAUGUGUACAGCUAAACAAUUAAUUGUUGUUAUAACCUGUAAAUUUAGUGCAGUAUGAAUAUUUAAAUUGACUAAUAAUUAAGUAAUUACACAAUAUAGUACAUGUAAUUAAAUGUAAAAAGAAAAGUACAAUCUUUUUUAAAACUGUAUGUAAAAUGUUACCUUCCGUAAACUUAAAGUACUCAAACAUCCGUGAAAAAAAACUCGGUGAAAAGAUUGAUUGGUAAUUUUGUAUAAAAAAUAGUGUAAAAAAUUGAUAAAUAAUAUGUAACUUAAUUUAACAAGGAGUUAAUUAAUUAAUAAUUAACUAGAUAAUUACUUCCCAAAAAUUGUCUCGUCUUCGAUUUUAUAACAAAGACGGAGCUGUUUCCCAACAUAUUUGACACUUUCCGUUUCGUCACCUUCUUUUAAACCCCUAUACUUUCUGUCAAAGUAAUAAUUUACGUGAUAAGUAUGUCUUAUCAGCAUGUUAAAAGGAUAAGCUACUCGGUCUCCUUCCUGUAAAAAAGACGAUAUGUUUUUUAUGUAAUUGUGGCGUCCUUAAUUACGUAAUUACAUUACUUUGUUAAAGUGCAUUUUUACAAAUUUUGACCACCUUUCAAAAAAUCUUGUUUUCCGUUUAGCAUUUAAAUACAUAUUCAGUUAAAAUGCAUUUAAACAAUUAAGACGUACAUACAUAUUUUAUUAAUGUAUCGAUUUAAUAAAAAACAGAAUUAAUCAACAGACAAA